AUGGUCGUGAAAAGUGCCCAGAGCCACCUUUUUCGUGACGUCAUCUGCAAUUUAAAACGUGGUGAGGAAGUUCAGCGUAAAGGGAUUUCUCGUCUUUCUCCGUUCUUGGACUCACACGGGGUAGUUCGUGUAGGAGGUCGCCUUCAAAACACAAAUUGGUCGGAACGUCGGAGGCACCCGAUACUGAUACCGAAGGAAGCUCAUUUGGCAGUGCUCGUUACUCGCCAUUGGCAUAGCUACGCGUGCCAUGCCGGUCCGAGGUUACUAAUUGCUCUUGUUCAGAGGCGGUUCUGGGUCGUCGGCAUUCGCCUUGUGGUCCAUCGGGUGAUUCGCAGAUGCAUAAUAUGUGCUAGGAUCAAGCCCGUAAACCCUCAACCAAUGAUGGCUGAUCUGCCUAGGUUUCGCGUCCAAGAAGCUCACCCGUUUUCCGUAGUUGGGAUAGAUUACGCAGGUCCCUUGCAAAUGAAGGAACUUAGCCUGCGAAAGGCCCGUAUCGUAAAGGUAUACAUUGCUGUAUUCGUCUGCAUGACCACCAAAGCGGUGCACUUGGAACCAGUAUCGGCCCUUUCGACCGAAGCCUUCCGAUUAACGUUAGAUAGAUUCGUGGCUCGUCGUGGUCUGCCGUCGUCGGAGGACCGUGUGUCAGACGACAACCGCUAG